GGCAGACGCACACCUAUUUUACCGAGUAUUUAAUCUAAUUACGUGUCUUUUCAUACUUAGAACUUGUUGCUAUUUGAAGAAUACAAAGUAGUUUCAGAUCAAAUUACAAUAAGUUAAAAUAAAAUUACAAUAAAAAAAUCAAUUACUAUAAAAACAAAUAUUACAAGGAAAUUUGAUAGUGAAUUUGAAUAAAUACGAGGCAAGAAUGGUUUCCCAGACCUCUAAGGCAUGCUUGGUCCUGCUACUUGGUCUUUUGUGCGCUUGUGAACGCGCUCGGGGAGCUUGCAAUAUUACUCAGUGUACCGACCCAGACAGGUGUCGGCUGUCCGCUGAUAAUAUCACGUGCAGGUGCACUGCCGAGUACUAUGGCGAUUUCUGUGACAAAGUUGCAACGUUCCAGGUGCUGUGCAGCAAAGAUUUCAUCACCGUUAUGGUAAUCGAAGAUUUCUUUAAUUAUUAUAAUGUGAAGCUGGAGUCCCUGCACCUUGAGAACAAGACCUGUCGCGCACGGCAGGAGACAAUAGAUGGCGUCUCUUACUACAUUGUGCGCACGUCAAAGGAGCAAUAUGCUAAUUGCGGCGGGAACCCUCUUCAAAAAAACAUCACUCAUGUCGAGUAUGGUCUGACGUUGAUGUCUGAUCCCGAGGUGGAGGGGUACAUCAUAAGGGACCCUACAAUCAGAAUAGAAUACAAGUGCAUCUACCCUUACUUCAGACGUAUCAGUCUGCCAUUUCCCGUCAUCCCUGCCUCGAGCGAGGCCGUGAUGAGGAUAAACGAGCUGGACGCCACCGUGGAGAUGGUCCUGUACAAGGACAAGACGUACACGGAGGCCCUCGCCAAAUCUCCGGUUCUCCAGCUGCGGGACAAGGUGUACGUGGAGAUCAAGGUCACCGAACCGGAGGGCUUCUUCCACAUUGGCGUCAACGAGUGCUGGGCCACGCAGGCCCCGAGUCCGGGCAAGGCAGAGGGCUCGUUUCACACACUGGUGCUCAACGGGUGCGUGGAAGAUGAGACCGUCCAGUUCCUGAACGUCACCGAUCCAGUGGUGGGAGUCCGGUACACUUUCGACAUGUUCCGCUUCGUGUCUCGACCACAUGACCUCUACCUGCACUGCACUGUACGACUUUGUCCGCCAGAGGAGGGCAAACUCUGCAUUCCUCAGGAAUGCAGAGCAAAACGGGAUGUGGUGCCUGGAGGCUCAGCGGAGGGGCUUCUGACAUACGGGCCAAUCAGACUCGAAGCUCCAGAGAGACAUGAGUCCAAUCUGCUGCUGACGCUCAUCCUUCCUGUGGGUGGAAUCUGGAUUGUAGGGCUCUUCCUGUUUAGUCUGAUUGCCUUCAUCAAGGGGGUCAACAAGAGGCUGCCACAGCUCAUGUUUCACUAAUAAAAUUUACAAUAAUUA